AUGUACAGUUCUUCUGUUAUUGGCAUAGAUCUAGGAACAACCUACUCAUGUGUUGGUAUUUGUAUUGAUGGUUCUAUAGAAAUAAUCCUAAAUGAUUAGGGUAAUAGAAUAACUCCAUCAUGUGUUGCCUUCACUGAUACAGAAAGACUUAUUGGUGAUGCAGCCAAGAACUAAGCCUAUAGAAAUCCAUAAAAUACAGUUUUUGAUGUGAAAAGGUUAGUCGGGAGAUAAUAUAGUGAAUAUAUAGUUCAACAAGACAUCAAAUUAUGGCCUUUCAAAGUUGAAGCUUCUGUGGAUGAUAAACCAAUGAUUGUUGUUAAAUACAAAGGAGAAAAUAAAAAAUUUUAUCCUGAAGAAAUCUCAUCUAUGGUCUUGACCAAAAUAAAGAAAAAUGCUGAGGCUUACUUAGGAAGAAAAGUUUCUCGGGCUGUUAUCUCAGUUCCAGCUUAUUUCAAUACAUUAUAACGAUAAGCCACAAGGGAUGCAGCCACCAUUGCUGGUCUAUAAGUUUUAAAAAUUAUUAAUGAACCCAACGCUGCUGCUAUUGCAUAUAAUUAAAAAGUAUCCGAGGAUGACACUAACAUUCUCAUCUUUGAUUUAGGAGGUGGUACUUUAGAUGUCUCUUUAUUGGAAAUUUAAAAUGGAGUCUUUGAUGUCAAAGCCACAGCUGGUGAUACUCACUUGGGAGGUGAAGAUUUUGAUAACAAACUCGUUUAAUAUUGUUGCUAAGAAUUUUUGAAGAAGAAAGGAAUCGAUAUUAGAGGGAAUCCAAGGGCAUUAAGAAGACUUCGAACCUAAUGUGAAAGAGCUAAGAGAGUACUUUCAUCAGCAAAUUAAACUACAAUAGAAGUUGACUCAUUAGAAGCUAAUGAAGAUUUUAUUUGUACUAUCAGUAGAGCUAAAUUUGAAGAAUUGUGCUUGCGUUUAUUUGAACAAUGUAUUCAUUCUGUUGAAAAGUUGUUUAAAGAUUCUUGUUAUUAAAAAAAUGAAAUUCAUGAAGUGGUCUUGGUUGGAGGAUCUACAAGAAUUCCAAAAAUCUAAGAAUUAUUGAGAAAGUAUUUUGAUGGGAAGGAAUUGAAUUAAUCUAUCAAUCCAGACGAAGCAGUUGCCUAUGGAGCAGCCGUUUAUGCUGCUACUAUAUAAGACAAUCUUUAUUUUAAUCUCUUAAUAUUGGAUAUCACCCCAUAAAAUUUGGGUAUUCAAACUGAUGGAGGUGAAAUAUGUAAUGUGGUUCCAAAAUACACUAGCCUUCCAACUAGUUAAAGUAGGACUUUUUUAACUAAUUGCAAAGUUUAAAAACACUUUGAAGCAAGAAUUUUUGAAGGUGGCAAAAAUUUGUUAACUUUCUGUGUAAAUGAUGCUUAUUUCCCCAACUAUGAAGAUUAAUAGAUUGAAAUCACCUUUAGAAUUGAUGAGGAUAGCAAUAUGAAAUUUUUUUUUAAGGAUUAUUAUACCAAAAGGUUAAUAAAGGAUUAUUCGAUUGUUUUUUAAUUUAAUUUAUCUUAAGUUGAAAUUCAAAAAUUAGUUAAGGAAGCUGAAUAAUUUAAUGAUGAAUCCUCACCUUGA